UAUUCUAUCUAUGAGAUCAUAAUUCAUGCAUGCAAUAAUCUCAAAUCAUGUCUAGUAGUGUGGACGAGGAUGAAGGCUACGAUGAACCACCGGCCAUGCCUUCCAUGUUGUGGGUUCGUAACCUUCGCCGGUACAUCAGAUCGGAUGCCAGUCUUGGCUCUGAAGCCAGAAUGGAGCAUGAAACAAGAAGAAUCCUGCUUAAUAUGUACAAAGAGAAGCAUCGUAAGAGUGUCGAAGCGGGCAUAAUCCCCAGUUUCUAUAAGAAGAAACCUGAGGAUGGUUCCAUCAGCCACACGGUUCAGAGGCUGGCAAAAUAUCGUUUUCUGAAGAAGCAAUCAGACAUUUUGCUAAACGCUGAUGACCUGGAUACCCUGUGGCUUUGCUUAAGAGAAAAUUGUUUGGUUGAUGAAAUCACUGGUUCUGUAAAGGUGAAUUAUGAAGACUUUUGCCAAAUUGCAUCUCUAUGUACGGAACAAAUUGGCCCAAAGUGUCGUCGUUUCUUUAGUCCUUCAAAUUUUAUGAAGUUUGAAAAGGAUGAAUCAGGAAGAAUUGCGAUUUUGUCCUUUUAUCUGUAUGUAAUGCGCACGGUUUCUCUUACACAAGCAAGAAUUGAUAUGAGUGAGCUUGAUGAGGAUUCAGAUGGGUUUCUACAACCUUAUGAAAUGGAGGCUUAUAUCAGAGGUCUCAUUCCUAACUUGGCUCAGCUUUGUGACAUGCCUGCCGAAUUCGUUCAAAUGUAUUGCCACAUAGCCACUCACAAAUUCUUCUUUUUUUGUGACCCGAAUAGGCGAGGGAAGGCUUGCAUAAAGAAGAUUUUGCUCAGUAAUUGUCUACAAGAACUAAUGGAACUGCAUCAAGAGAGUGAAGUAGAAGCUGCCGAUACUGAGCAGACUGAGAACUGGUUUUCACUAGCAUCUACACAACGUAUAUGUGAUAUGUUUAUUGACCUUGAUAAAGAUGCAAACGGGACAUUAAGUGAGGAGGAACUUCAAGGAUACGCAGAUGGAACGCUAACAGAGAUAUUUAUCCAGAGAGCUUUUGACGAGCAUGUUCGGCAUGGCAAAACUGUUAUUGGGCUUGCUUGGGAGAUGGACUUUGAGAGUUUUCUUGAUUUUGUUCUUGCCCUCGAAAACAAAGAUACACCCGAGGGAUUAACAUACAUAUUCAAGUGCCUUGAUCUGCAAGGAAAGGGAUACCUAACAGCAGCCGAUAUACAUAUUCUAUUUAGGGACGUGCGUGAAAAAUGGAUCCAGGUAGGAAAUUAUGAACUAUGCACAGAAGAUGUGAGGGACGAAAUAUGGGAUAUGGUGAAACCAGUUGAUCCAUUAAGAAUCACACUUUCUGAUAUGUUGCAAUGCAAACAAGGUGGGACGAUUGCUAGUAUGCUUAUAGAUGUACGUGGGUUUUGGGCUCAUGACAACCGAGAAAACCUUCUUCAAGAGGAGGGAGAAUCGUUUGAUAUUGAUGGUGCGGUCUAG